AUGGGAAGAGUCAGAACUAAAACUAUUAAAAGAGCUGCAAGGCAAAUUGUAGAAAAGUACUAUGCCAAAUUAACUCUAGAUUUUCAAAUUAACAAAAAGAUAACAGAGGAAGUAGCCAUAAUUCCCUCAAAGAGAAUGAAAAAUAAAGUUGCUGGUUUUGUUACUCACUUAAUGAAAAGAAUACAAAAGGGACCUGUACGUGGUAUUAGUUUGAAAUUACAAGAAGAAGAAAGAGAAAGACGUUUAGAUUUUGUCCCAGAAAAAUCACAAAUUGAUGUUAGCGUAAUUUAUGUAGAACCUGAUACAUUACGUAUGAUCAAAUCCUUGGGUAUAAAUAUUAGCAACAUGAAAGUACAUAAUCCCAUGAUUAACACUAACCAACAAAAACAAAACAGAAUGAAUAACCAAUUUUAA